AGUCUGGGUGGAAGAACACAGAGCAGUGCCGCGUCCGCCUCCCUCCCCAAAGCCGGGACAGCGCAGGGAUCUGCCGUUCCUGCCCGCGUGCUGAGGCUGGGACUGUCACUCAUUCUCUGAUCAGCUCCCGAAAGCAGCUCGGAAGCCGCUGGAUAAAAAAAAAAAAAAGGAAAAAAAAGGGGGAAAAAAUCAAACUGAUUUCUCCCUCCCGCUAGCUUAGAAACGGGGCAGCUGUGCAUCGCUAGGUCGGUUGGGCUCUCUGGGGGGGGCCAUUCUGGACGUUCUUCUUUCCCCCCCUUUUUCCUCCCCCCCUCUUUCCUCCUCGCCUGGCAUCUCCCGGGUUGACCCACCCAGGUUCCUAUUGAAGAAGGGGGAUUAAGAGCAACCCGGCAGCACCACAUCUGUAUCUCCGUCCAGAGCAAAGAAUCUAUGCAGCGCAACUUCCGCGGCGGCCGGCCGGUGACAAUGCUCCAAAGCACGGACCUCGUCUGGGCUUGGCUCCUUCUGGGCACCGCAGUCUCUCUUCAGGUGAACAUAGUUCCAAAUAAGGUGGAGGUGCCUGUUGGAGAAUCCAAAUUUUUCUUAUGUCAAGUGACCGGUGAUGCCAAAUCCAAAGAAAUCUUCUGGUUUGCCCCCAAUGGUGAUAAGCUGACGACAAACCAGCAGCACAUUUCCGUGGUCCGGUCAGAUGACUCUUCCACUCUCACCAUCUACAACGCUAACAUCGAUGACGCCGGCAUCUAUAAAUGUGUGGUCUCCAGUGAGGAAGGGGAAGAAGAAGCCACCCUCAACGUGAAGAUCUUUCAGAAGCUGACCUUCCAACAUGCUCCCAGCCCACAGGAGUUCAAAGAAGGAGAAGAUGCAGUUAUUAUCUGUGAUAUUGUCUCCUCGCUGCCUCCAACGAUUAUGUGGAAGCACAUGGGCAGAGAUGUGGUCCUGAAGAAAGAUGUGAGGUUUGUGGUGUUGAGCAAUAACUACCUCCAGAUCAGAGGGAUAAAGAAAAGCGACGAGGGCAUGUAUCGCUGCGAGGGGAGGAUCUUGGCCCGGGGAGAGGUGGACUUCAGGGAUAUCCGGAUCAUCGUGAAUGUGCCUCCCACCGUUCGCUCUCGGCAGGGAACGGUCAACGCCACUGCCAACCUCAGCCAGUCAGUCAAGCUGGUGUGCGACGCUGAUGGCUUCCCAGAGCCCAUCAUCAGCUGGGCCAAGGAUGGAGAACUAAUAGAACGAGGGGAGGAUGAGGAAAAGUACGGCUUCAGUUAUGAUGGUUCUGAGCUGACCAUCCACAGGGUGGAGAAGAACGAUGAGGCCGAGUACGUGUGCAUUGCCGAGAACAAAGCAGGAGAGCACGACGCCACCGUCCACCUCAAAGUCUUCGCAAAACCCCAAAUCACCUUUGUGGAGAACAAAACUGCAAUGGAGCUGGAAGACCAGAUCAUUUUGACCUGCGAGGCCUCUGGAGAUCCCAUCCCCUCCAUCACUUGGAGGACUUCUUCCCGAAACAUCAGCAGUGAAGAGAAGACCCUAGAUGGACGCAUUGAAGUCCGCAGCCACGCUCGCGUCUCUUCCCUGACCCUGAAGGACAUUCAGUACACCGAUGCCGGGGAGUACACCUGCAUAGCCAGCAACACCAUUGGGCAGGAUUCCCAAGUCAUGUACCUAGAAGUUCAGUAUGCUCCAAAGCUGCAGGGCCCUGUUGCGGUUUAUACCUGGGAAGGUAACCCAGCAAACAUCACCUGCGAAGUCUUUGCUUACCCCAGCGCUGUCAUCUCAUGGUUCCGGGAUGGGCAGCUGCUACCCAGCUCCAACUACAGCAACAUCCGGAUCUACAACACACCAGCCGCCAGUUACCUGGAGGUGACGCCAUAUUCAGAAAAUGAUUUUGGGAAUUACAACUGCACAGCAGCCAACCGGAUUGGCCAGGAAUCCUCCGAGUUCAUCCUUGUGCAAGCAGAUACGCCCUCUGCGCCUUCCAUUGAGAAAGUGGAGCCCUACUCCAGCACAGCUCAGAUCAGAUUUGAUGAACCGGAGGCCACCGGGGGUGUCCCCAUUCUCUGGUACAAGGCGGAGUGGAGAGCCAUGGGAGAGGAAGACUGGCACACCAGAAUCUACGAUGCCAAGGAAGCCAACACCGAAGGCAUCUUCACGGUCAUUGGCUUGAAGCCAGAAACCACGUACGCCAUCCGACUGACGGCCAUCAACGGCAAAGGCACCGGGGAGAUCAGCUCCCCCUCCGACUUCAAGACCCAGCCAGUUCGGGAGCCCAGCGCACCAAAGCUGGAAGGCCACAUGGGAGAAGACGGGAACUCCAUCAAAGUGAACCUCAUCAAGCAAGACGACGGGGGAUCCCCCAUCCGCCACUAUCUCAUUAAAUACAGAAUUAAACAAUCUCUUGACUGGAAGCCGGAAAUCCGCCUCCCUUCGGGCAGCGACCACGUCAUGCUCAAGUCGCUCGACUGGAACGCCGAGUACGAAGUCACCGUCGUGGCGGAGAACCAGCAAGGGAAGUCUAAGCCAGCGCGCUACGCUUUCAGGACUUCGGCCCAGCCCACCAUCAUCCCAGCCAGCACAACCCCGACGUCAGGACUGGGCACAGCCGCCAUCGUGGGCAUCCUCAUCGUCAUCUUCGUCCUUCUGUUGGUGGCCGUGGACAUCACCUGCUACUUCCUGAACAAGUGCGGCCUUUUCAUGUGCAUCGCCGUCAACCUGUGUGGAAAAUCGGGUCCCGGCGCGAAGGGGAAGGACAUGGAAGAGGGCAAAGCUGCCUUCUCGAAGGACGAGUCAAAGGAGCCCAUCGUUGAGGUCCGGACAGAAGAGGAACGGACUCCAAAUCACGACGGAGGCAAACACACAGAACCCAACGAGACCACCCCACUCACUGAGCCAGAGCACCCUGCCGACACCGUGGCAGCCACAGAGGACAUGAUGCCGUCCGUGACCACAGUCACCACAAACUCUGACACCAUCACCGAGACCUUUGCCACGGCCCAAAAUAGCCCCACCAGUGAGACCACCACCCUAACCUCCAGCAUCACACUGCCGGACACCCCCAUACCCAAUGCCACCGCUGGGGCCCCCAGCCAGGGCACGCCUUCCAAAGCGGCCGCGGCCCCUUCGCCCCCACUGGCCUCCGCCCCCAAAGUGGCUCCCCUGGUGGACCUCAGUGACACCCCCAUAUCCCCUCAGGCUGCCGGCAAUUUAUCCUCCAAUGUCCUCAACCACCAGGGGGCGGUGUUGAGCCCCAGCUCCACCGCCAAGGGGCCCGAGGCUCCCAAGGGCCCUGCUGUUGCCUCCCCGCCCUCAAAUCAAGCCAGCCUUCCAGCCUCAUCUGAGCCCAAGCAGGAGGCAGCCUCCAGUGCCAGAAGCCCAGAGAAGGAAGCCGCGCGGACCAGCGCUGCAAAGAGCCCGACGGAGGCACCGAAGACCGCGGGGGGCCAGAAAGGCGAGGCGGCCCCAGCGGGCACCAGAAACCCUCCUCAGAAUGAGGACUUUAAAAUGGACGAGGGGACCUUCCAGACGCCCGAUCUUGACCUUGCCAAGGAUGUUUUUGCCGCACUGGGUACAGCGGCCCCCGCUGCCGAAGCCCCAGCCGCAGCCCCCGCAGCCACCCUGGAGACCUCGGCAUCGCCAGCACCUGCCAAGACAGAGAAAAAUGCUGUAGAAGAAAAGCCGGCCGUUCCCGCCACAGACGCCAACAAAGCAGCCCCCGCAGAAGUGAAGACGGUCCCCAACGAAGCCACACAAACAAAUGAAACCGAGAGCAAAGCAUGAUGGGCGCCGGGGCCAAAAAAGCAGAGCAGACGGAAAUUUAAACAAACAAACAAAAAUUGACAGAACAGCUUCACCUGAGCAUUUAAAACACAAAAAAUACACAUCUCAUUCCUCUAGUGUCUUUGCCUUUUUUAAAUGAAAACAGACAAAAAAAAAAUGCAUACAAUGGGGAAAAUGUGUUUGGUUAUUUGGGGGGGGGGUUGUUUUUAUUAGGGCUUGGUUUUUUUUUUUUCCUGUUUUGUUUUUUGUUCGGGUAGGUUUGUAGAAAGAAUCUUACUUCAUGUGCACUUGCUUUUAAGAGGAAAGGAAAUUCCCCCCUCCCUUUGCCCCCCCACUUCUUCUACUACCACUUCUUCGAGGACAGACGUCCGUCCGCGGUCUCGAUAGAACAGCAGGCAGUCCGUGCAAAACAUCCGUGUGAAUGAACCCAAACUUUACUACUGCAAAUUUAGGGAGAAUCAGAAAGAGAAUUAGCAAGGCGUGGCUGAGUAGAAUCUUUUUAUUUUUAUAUAUUCCAGCUAAGUUGAGAAAAACCUGUACAGUCUCGUCAGUAAAUUCGCCAUUUCUUCCCCUUUUUUUCCCCUGGUCGAUUCCGAAAUUCCUUCUGUGUGUGUUUGUCAUUCCGGCCGUUCCCCGCCCCCCACCGUCCCCCUUAACUGACUCCUGUUCUCAUGUGUUGAAGCCUGUGGGGAGGUCACACAGCUGUUCAUCUCUGGGGCAAAACCCUUGGCAAUGAGCCCCUCGGUUCAUUUCCGUGGGUUUCCUGGAAGAUGCUCCCCGCUGACUUGCGCCCUUCGAACCUUUAAUUUUAAUUCCUAUCCUUGCAUUGAGGAAGAAUGCGUUGGGCAGCUUUGGGAAGUCGAGUUUCAAACCACAGUAUUCUCCAUUCGUUUGUUCUCUUCUGUUUUUGUGGGUGGGGGGGGAGGAAGGGGUUUCUUUUUCGUUUGUUUGUUUUUGCCAACAUUUUUUUUUCUUCCAGUGUUUACAGUCAACGAAAUGUUUGUUGUUUUUUUUAAAGAAAAAAAACUGUUGUGUUUAAAAGUCUAUGUAAAAUAGCUGCCUUUCUAGAGAGCGAAAGAGAGAGUGAGAGAGAGAGAAAGAGAGAGAGAGAGAAAGAGAGAGAGAGAGAGAUUGACAGAGAAACGAAAAUGCUAUAUAGAUAAUAGAUGGGCCAGCAUGUUUGCUUUGCAGAGGGCGACGUUUUAAAAUAUGGAUGUUUACAGUAGAUGUUUUCCCUUUUAUCUUUCUUUUAAUUAUUAUUGGUUUUUUUAAAUUUUUAAUUCUUACUAAAGUAAGAAAAUCAUGUAACCCUCCCUUUUCCUUGAUCCUUCUUUUGAUAGAGAUGGGCUAAUUAAGGGCCAGCUGGUGUCUUGGUCCAAGCUAGUUCCUUGAGAAGCAUGCAGGAAACUCUUAAAGCACCCCGUUGAAGGAAGUUGAGUUUGGGAAGGCAGGAAUGUAGCCCCCCACCCCCAAAAAAGGAGAUUUUACGAAGUGCUUGAGUUGAAGGGAGAAUAUCUCCAUGUGGUGCUAAGCCUGCCCCCCCUCCCCCACUAGAAUCCACGAAGGUUAACUUGGCUGUGAUGCCCAGAUGGUUCCUUCUCAAUACCUCCCUCUUACCAACAGUUUUUCUUGUGACCCUCAAGAGAGCAUCUGGGAUGGGUUGCUCUCCGCUGCAAAAACAGGGAGUUUGGGAACAUCGGUAGGUCGCUCACGUCCAGGUUGGGGGCAGCGGGCAGCGGCCCCUCCUGCUGUUUGAAAACGGUUCCUUCCUAACUUAAUAUAUUUGAUGAAUUAUAUAUUGUGUUGAAUUUCAGGAGCCAGUUAAUCGUGGCCUGGUUUCGGAAGAAUAACCGUACUGUAAAUGCAAAUGUCAUGGACGCUGUUGGCCAAGUUGAACCAUGAGGGUACUUCUGUGGCCCCUGACAGCGUCUUCCCUGGAGGUUUCUUGGAGUGCAGUCCAAAUGUAUGUAUAUAAAUAUGCCUAAGGCUGGGAUGUAAGCACUGUAAAUCUGUCUUAAAAGAAUGUAUAGACUGAGGGCGGCGCGUCUUCGGCUGGACCCGGCUGGCAAAGACACAGUCUGCCCCAAACUUCAGCCCCCAAAGGGCGUCUGAGCUCUGGCGGCCAAUCCGGAGGGCGUCCAUCCUGAUUUCUGGCUGGGGUGGGGGGGAGUGAGUGGGUGGGGGCAGUGAGAAGCCAUUCAGCAAAAGAUUCAAAAGCUUGGCUUGGUAGCCCCCAGCAUUGCCAAUUCCCAUUCAGUUCAGAAAGACCUUUUUAAAGACCUUUCAGGAGAGCAAAGUUUGACUUUCCCAAAUCCAUGUAGUUAGAACUGAGAUCUUCCUCAAAUGGCCAUUAGUGCCUCAAAAUCGGCCUUUGGCACAGUGAGGGGCCUUUUUUGGGGGGGGGCAUUUGACCCCUUGGAGAAAAGAAGCAGUGGCUUAGGUUGAAGUCUCUGGUGAUAGAGGAUUUGGUUCCUUUCAGCUUGGGUGGUUGUGGUUUCCUUUUCCAGGACUCUUUCAUAAGCUGUAGGUCAGCCAAAAGAGAAUCUGGAGUCUCCCUUGCCUGAUGCAAAAAUCUGGCCCAAAAAAGGGGUUUGCAAAAGGAGUGGGGGGGUUCUAGAUUGCAUCUACUGAUCUAGAACGCCCUUAGGAAAUCGUCAGUGGUUCAAAAAAAAACCACACCCCAUAAUUGGGGUUUGAAUUGGGCUUCUUCUUGUCAGAAUGUUAAGUGGACCAAAGAAAGAUUUCAUUAGUCUGAUUGUUCUUGGCCAGAGUAGUGCUGUUUGAAGGCAAGGAUGACUCCUGGGUCGUUCUAAGAGACCGGUAAAGUGCAAAGCCAACUUUCACGAAUUUCUGCGAGGGCUCUUUGGGCCUAAAAAAAAACUCCUGUCAUCUUAGCUUUUUAAGAAAUUAUUCUUCUGCCAAUGGGAAUGUGGAAAAAGGGAGAGAGAAGUGGAAAAGGACAGCCCUUUUGUAAAAAAAACAAACAAAAGCAAAUAUAUAUAUAUCGUUUUCUUUUUUUUUCUUUUUAAUCAUUAGAUCUGCAAGCUUGUGCACUGUGGGUGCGUGAAUAUCUUAAUGUGAAAUGUGUUCUUUGUCAUAGUAACCAAUUUUUUUUUAAAUUAAAAAAAAAAGAGGAAAAAAAAACCUUCAACAUAGUUCGAAUGUGGAAAAGCGUAGCAGGGAUAGUUUGGGUGAUCGAGGAAAAACAAAAACACACACAAAUAAAUUCCGAACUCUUUGGGUUCAGGAGAUGUAAAAAAAAAAAAGGAGAAGAAGAAGAGGCGACCGCUGUUCUUUUGACCACAGAGUAGUUCGUCUUUCAAUAAAUGUAAAAUCUGUGAAA